AUGCAGUGUAUCUUGGCCGGUACCUUGGUUUUCGUGUUUGAUGUUUUAUGGUGCCUCUGUGACUGGAACUUCUUGCCGUGGUCCAAGGUUGCCAUUGGAUCCCGUCUGCGCCAGGAGGACUCCCCACCCCGAAUUGUGGAGCACCCCUCUGAUCUGGUUGUAUCCAAAGGGGAGCCCGCCACUUUCAACUGUAAAGCAGAAGGACGGCCGGCGCCGACGGUGGAGUGGUACAAGGAUGGAGAGCGAGUGGAAACAGACAAAGAUGACCCGAGAUCUCACCGCAUGCUGCUUCCCACUGGCUCCCUUUUCUUUCUUCGCAUUGUUCAUGGACGACGGAGCAAACCGGAUGAAGGAGUCUACGUGUGCGUGGCCCGGAACUACCUGGGAGAGGCGGUCAGUCGUAAUGCAUCUCUGGAAGUAGCAUAGUGGCGCUGCUGCAUGCUGGACCUCAAGCUGGGCACUCCCUCCUUCAGCCGAGUGUGGCACGUGCUGCUGAGCUCCGUGUGGCGCAACGCCCCCCCCUCAUUAAUCACGAGCUCCUCAAUGCCUGGAGCCCUGACAACUCACAACCUGGUGGCCUACUACCCCCCCCCCAUGUACACUGGGAAGGACGCUCUGUUAUCAGCUCCCGGGAUAAAGGCAGUGCAGAAAUGA